CUGUAGAUAGUGAGGCGUCUUGUUUGAACAUACGAGCUUGACACCAACCCGGAAGUGGGUCAUUCCGUUAUUCGGGAGCCAUUGUAAAUAUUUAACGGAGACGAGCCGGCCGGCAGAUUAUCUGCUGGUGUUCUCAUGUGUCCAUUAACAGCUGAUUAACAUCGAAAGCUUGCGUUUUUAAAUUUUUUUUUUUUUUCCUGAAGUCGCCGCAAUGCUACUGUCAUUGUUAGAGCUGUGGACGCUCCAGUGGGAGUUCGUCUCCAGAGCUGACACCGUGCUUUUGUGCUCCCUCACGGCCGCAUUGUAUUACCUGUGGGGCCGCAAGAGUCAGAGGCCAUUGCUGGUGUGCGGUGAGACAUUCCGCGACUUCCUCCAGGAACACUGUCCCGUGGUGAGCGAGACCUUCAGUCCAACGUUAUGGUGCUGGGGAGGCCGCCUUCAAACGGUCGUGUGUUUCCUCAUCAAAUCCAGACCGCAUGUGGAUUACCGCAACGAAUUUAUCAAAACAGCAGACGGCGGUCAGAUCUCACUUGACUGGGCGGACAAUGACAUAAGCCCCGCCUACCCGGAUGCGUCCACGCGGCCCACUGUGCUCAUCCUCCCGGGUUUGACGGGGAACAGCCGCCAGGCGUACGUGCGGCACGCUGUCAGGCAGGCUGCCGGUCACGGCUACAGAUGUGUGGUCUUCAACAAUAGAGGCUUUGGAGGGGAAGAGCUGCUUACGCCACUCACGUUCUGUGCGGCCAACACGUCCGAUUUGGAGCAUGUGGUCCAGCAUGUGAAAAACCUCUACCCACAAGCCCCUGUUUUGGGCGUCGGCGUCUCUUUAGGAGGAAUGUUAUUGUUGAACUACUUGGGCCGCAAAGGCGCCGACUCCGGUUUGGUGGCGGGCCUGACUGUCUCCGUGCCGUGGGACGCGCUCAAGUCGGCGGAGACCAUGGAGGAACCGCUCAACUGGUUGUUGUUUAACAGGCACCUCACGCGAGGCUUGUGCCAGGCGGUUGUCAGGCAUGGAACGAUUCUGAAGAAAGUGGUGGAUAUCGACUACGUCCUCAAGGCACGCACCAUCCGCGAAUUUGACGAGCGAUUCACGGCGCCGCUGUUCGGGUAUGAGUCCUGCACGGAGUAUUACCAUGACGCCAGUCCAGAUAAGAAGCUCCCCGGUACCAACGUGCCCGUUUUGUGCCUCAACGCCGCCGAUGAUCCCUUCUCCCCGCAACAUGCCUUCCCGCUGAGCAUCGCCAAGGACCUUCCCAACGUGGCCCUCCUGGUGACGUCCCACGGCGGCCACAUCGCUUUCCUGGAGGGAUUGUUUCCGCGCGGUGCCGGCUACAUGGAGCGCGUCUUUAGCCAGUUUGUGCGCGCCGUCUUGGAAAACCCGCAGGAAGUCCGAAAAGCUUGCAAUCUGUCGCAAAGCUGAAUGUAGACACGCUCGCACACAAAACCACAUUGUAGGACAAGUGUUGAUCUACCUCACCUUGUACUGUAAUAAUGCCAUUGAAGGCGCUAGAUGUUGGACGUCAAGAGCCGUCAAUGGCAGUGAAUGAUUUCAAAUGUCAACCAUGCAAUGUCUGUCUAUAUUCAUGUUAUGAGCCACUGAAUUUAUUCACAUCAAUUAAACACAAAUGACUUCAAAAAAACUAUUUUGACAUGUUUUUCUAUCUUCUAAUUGCAGAUUGAACAUGCGUCCCGGUUGUGCCAAUCAUGUCACAAAUGUUGGGUUGUCAUGGCAACAAGAGAGCACUUAUGUAAGGCAUUGUCGAAGGGUUAAAUGGUCAAUUAAACAUCAUUUUCCAGCAUAAGUGAGUUGACAUUUGAAAAAAAUGCUUUUGUUGUAUCCAUUCAAAAUGAUUCUUUUAUUAGUGUAAUGCAGGGGUGGAACUAAGGGGGGUGCUGGGGGUGUGACUGCACCCGGGCCUCUAUGGGUUCUGGUUUGUGGGCGUGGUUGGGCGAGGGGAGGAUCAAACAGAAAGGUAAGUAGAUGCGCUGAGCUUUAAGUGUGAAAUCUCUGCCAGCCCCCUGCAAAAAAUAUUCCAUUUCAAUUUUGGGGGUGUUGGACUGGAUUAGGGCAUUUACAUGGAAAACGCAUCUCUACUCAUGGAAUUUUCAGUUUACGAAACUACUUCCAGAACCACUUAAUUUCGUAACUAGCAAUACCACUGUAAUACUAGAAACUGCAGUUUCGGGGGAAAUUACACCUGGGUCUUUCCUCUGCCCCACUCAGGUCUAUCAAUAGAAUGGACAAUAAUGCCAGUCAAUGGCAUUAAACAAAUUAAAUGCAAUUAGAAAUGAUUGGGAGAAUUGGACGUCCAUGUCCGUAAAUGGCAGCACCCUCCAUAAGCGUCAAUGCCAUCGGGGACAUUUGUGGUACACGUCCUAUUGAUAUUUAGUCAUUUCCUGUUGAUUUGGGGAUAUUGUUUUUUUUUUUUGCCAUUGAAAAUGAAUGGGGAAAAAAAUGCACGUCCAUUGAUGUCAAUGGUAUCAACUUACAUAGGUGUCAAUGGAAUCUAAGUACAUUGGCAUCAAUAAAAUGAAAAAACAUGCUGAAACGCCAUUGGAAAUGAAUGGGAAGUUUGGACGUCCAUGGACGUCAAUGGCAUCACCCUCCAUAAGCGUCAAUGCAAUCGGAUGAAAGUGUAAUUUCGUGACUUCUCCGCUAGGUUGUGCAAUUGCAUGCUGUACAUAUCUGUAAAAAUACUGUAUAUGAGUGCUGUUUACAUGCUGCAUAUC